AUGGCGCUGUCGUUAGGAACAGGCUCAUCAGAGAGUGAAAGCCAGAGAUGCAGUCAUUUGAGACUUUUGGGGGCAAGCAGCUUGUCGCUUAUACAAUUUAGCCAAAGGAGCCGGAACGGAAUAAAAAACCAAACCGGACUCGUGAUAACGGUGACUGAAUCCAUUCGAGCGUUUCUCCUCUCCGUCUCCGACGACCAGUGUCUCUCUCAAGAGCUUCGAGAACUUGCUGUCGCUCUUUCGUCGGCAACCAAUGCAUCAUACAAGCAGAUUCGAAGCUUAUGGAUCCAGUCAGAUGUUGAGACUAGGCCCGCAUUGAUUUCUCUUUUCUCCGGAUCUAAUUUCGUUUUCGCCAGCCCUAAACCCAGAGAGAAGAGUGAAGAAUUGAAGGAGAGGUUAAGUAAGCUUAAAGAACAAGCAGAGAGGAGAGAGUAUCAGGAGCUUGUUAAAGAUAUAACGCCCAAGAAGGAUGUCUAUGAACCUUUCUCUACUUACAAGGAUCAAAUUGGCUUUGGUUUACAUGUUGCGCUGAUAAUGUUUAUUGGGUAUUUGGUUGGACAUUUUGCAUUCAGAGCAUUGUUUAACAACAAUCCCAUCAUGAAUUCUGCUGGAGGUAUUCUUGGAUUGGUUUUUGGCAUGUUCCUUGAAAAACUUUUGUUCAUUAUCAGAACUUCGGAGCCAAACCUUAAAUCCCCGUCCUCGACUUCGAGAAUGAAGAAAAAUCAAUAGACUAGCUAAGAAGAGGUGGGUUGUGUUUUCUUUCUUACUGCCUAUUUUCCAUUAUAGAUCUCUUAUGUGGGUUUAAGAACGAAACUGUUAUCUCAUUGUAAUCAUAGUGAUAUGGUAUUUUAUUUUAAUGUUCUUUGUCAUGAACAACGUUUUUCCCUGUCCGAUGCAAAGGUUGUGUAGGAUUAUUUUUUAAGUUCUGGUGAAUGCUAAUAAAUAAGAGAAGAAAUAGAACCUUCUUUA